CCCACACGGCCACGCCCCCACCCCCGCGGCAGGCUCGGGCGGUGGUAGCGCCUCAGUGCUGUGGGCCUGCGUCCUGCCCAGGGCUCUCGAGCGCUGCCGGGCUGCCCGCGUUUCGCGUCAACAUGGGGGACUCCAACACAGAUGCCAGCCACACUACCACUGGGGCUGAGACAGUGGCUGAGGAAGUGUCUCUCUUCAGCAUGACCGACAUGAUUCUGUUCUCACUCAUUGUGGGUCUCCUGACCUACUGGUUCCUCUUCAGAAAGAAAAAAGAAGAAAUCCCUGAGUUCACCAAAAUUCAGCCAACAUUCUCCUCUGUCAAAGACAGCAGCUUUGUGGAAAAGAUGAAGAAGACGGGCAGGAACAUCAUCGUGUUCUACGGCUCCCAGACAGGGACUGCCGAGGAGUUUGCCAACCGCUUGUCCAAGGAUGCCCACCGCUACGGGAUGCGGGGCAUGGCAGCAGACCCCGAGGAGUAUGACUUGGCCGACCUGGGCAGCCUGCCAGAUAUAGAGAACUCCUUGGUCGUGUUCUGCAUGGCCACCUACGGUGAGGGGGACCCCACCGACAAUGCCCAGGACUUCUACGACUGGCUCCAGGAGGCGGAUCUGGACCUUUCUGGAGUCAAGUAUGCAGUGUUUGGCCUUGGGAACAAGACCUAUGAGCACUUCAAUGCCAUGGGCAAGUACGUGGACAAGCGGCUGGAGCAGCUUGGUGCCCUGCGGAUCUUUGAGCUGGGGUUGGGCGAUGACGACGGGAACCUGGAGGAGGAUUUCAUCACAUGGCGAGAGCAGUUCUGGCCGGCUGUGUGCGAGCACUUCGGGGUGGAAGCCACUGGAGAGGAGUCCAGCAUUCGGCAGUAUGAGCUCGCAGUCCACAUGGACAUAGACAUAUCCAAGGUGUAUGUGGGAGAGAUGGGCCGCCUCAAAAGCUACGAGAACCAGAAACCCCCCUUCGAUGCCAAGAAUCCAUUCUUGGCAGCUGUCACUACCAACCGGAAGCUGAACCAGGGAACUGAACGACACCUCAUGCACCUGGAGUUAGACAUCUCAGAUUCCAAAAUCAGGUAUGAAUCUGGAGACCACGUGGCCGUUUACCCAGCCAACGACUCUGCCUUGGUCACCCAGCUUGGUGAGAUCCUGGGUGCUGACCUUGAUGUCAUCAUGUCCCUGAACAAUCUCGAUGAAGAGUCCAACAAGAAGCACCCAUUCCCUUGCCCCACCUCGUACCGCACGGCCCUCACCUACUACCUGGAUAUCACCAACCCGCCACGCACCAACGUUCUCUAUGAGCUGGCCCAGUAUGCCUCGGAGCCCUCUGAGCAGGAACACCUGCGCAAGAUGGCCUCCUCCUCGGGCGAGGGCAAGGAGCUGUAUCUGAGCUGGGUGGUCGAGGCCCGGAGGCACAUCCUGGCCAUCCUGCAGGACUACCCAUCCCUGCGGCCCCCCAUCGACCACCUGUGUGAGCUGCUGCCUCGUCUGCAGGCCCGCUACUACUCCAUCGCCUCGUCCUCCAAGGUUCACCCCAACUCUGUGCACAUCUGUGCCGUGGCCGUGGAAUAUGAAACCAAGUCUGGCCGCAUCAACAAAGGCGUGGCCACCACCUGGCUGCGGGCCAAGGAGCCAGCCGGGGAGAAUGGCCGCCGAGCCCUAGUGCCCAUGUUCGUGCGCAAGUCCCAGUUCCGCCUGCCCUUCAAGGCCACCACGCCAGUCAUCAUGGUGGGGCCCGGCACCGGAGUGGCCCCCUUCAUCGGCUUCAUCCAGGAGCGGGCCUGGCUGCGGCAGCAGGGCAAGGAGGUGGGGGAGACACUUCUCUACUACGGCUGCCGCCGCUAUGAUGAGGACUACCUGUACCGCGAGGAGCUGGCCCAGUUCCACAAGGAUGGCUUCCUCACCCAGCUCAACGUGGCCUUCUCCCGGGAGCAGCCCCACAAGGUCUACGUGCAGCACUUACUGAGGAGGGACAAGGAGCACCUGUGGGAGCUGAUCCAUGACGGCGGUGCCCACAUCUAUGUCUGCGGGGAUGCUCGGAACAUGGCAAGGGAUGUGCAGAACACCUUCUACGACAUUGUGGCCGAGCUGGGGGCCAUGGAGCACGCCCAGGCCGUGGACUACAUCAAGAAGCUCAUGACCAAGGGCCGCUACUCCCUGGAUGUGUGGAGCUAAGAGCUGCCUGGUCCUGCCCUGCUGUGUCCCACAGGCCCUACCGACUCACUUCCCCAUGUAAUCUCUUCCCUCGCGCUCUCCUGCCAGUACCCGGGGUGGUUUCUGCUGGCUCUUGUCGUGGGAUGUAGGCCCAGUGACAAAGACUACUCUAGGCCUGAGACGUGCCUCUGGAGGCCCAGCCUCAGGGCACACGGCCAGGGGGGACUGGGCCCACAUUUUGUGAAUGCCCCAGGGCCUCAGCGGCUGUACAGAACGGGCUCUUCUCAGCUGAACUGGGGCCUGGCCCCUCCACAUUAUUUUCAAUGAGUGUAAAUAAUUUUAAAUAACCUUUGGCCCUUGGAAUAAAGCUCUCUUUUCUGUA